CACCUCAAGAGAAGACUCAAUGAGUACAAUUUUGCAUUUCAUCACUGGCGGCGGCCUGGAAAGUUUUUUAGCCUAAAGACAGCCGUUCCCAGCCUCUGAGGCGGCGUAGCAAGGGAUUUUCAGGGGAAGGACCCGUGGCCCGUUGAUUAUAAGGAGAUUUCUUUAAUAUCAGGAAGGCGGUGCAGCACAGCUUGUGGGAUUUUAGAAAGCCGCGGCAAGAAAUGUCUUCUUCAGCGGCUGCUAGCAGUGGUACGAGAGGGGAAGACGAAGAUGAUGGAGAAAAUUGGAAGAAAAGAACGGUAAGUCCUGCCUCAUCAGCCUCGGCAGAAAACUCCCCCUCCGUAGCUAACAUCAACCUCCGGCGAGAGUACACCCUUGCUGUCCAGACCAGCUCUUACAACGAGAUGUGGUCAAUAAUCCACCAUCGAAACGGACAAGGAGAUGUUGAGGGCGAUGGUGAGGAGAUCCUCCGGCCGGAUCGGGCGUCGGUCGAGGAGGCCAUCCGCUUGGCUCGACCAACUCGUCUCACCCGCCUCGUGUCCCGUUACCUGGAAAGCAGUGAGCAGGCCUCUGACCUAUUUCUCUCCCUCCGCCGCUCCGUAGACCUUGCUCGCGAAAUGUACUCUCCGAUUGCCCUGCUUCUGGACGUUCUCCCUGCCACCUCUCCGAUCCCCUCGCCCGCCGCCCAAUCCGUUCCUUCUCUGCUGUCCUUACCGCAGUGCGACAGCGCUUUCGAUGUUUUCGUCGACUUUGACCGCCGGGGAAAUCCCUUCCAAGCCGCCGCCGAUGGCUUUGUGGACAUCCGAGACUGCUUCUCCGUCCUGAAGCAGCAGCUGGAACUGCGUCUGCUGACCGCCCGGCGCAGGCAUCGGCUCCUUCGGCGGGCCACUAUCGCCUCUGCGACAUGCCUCGUUGUGUCGGUCACGGGGGCCGUCGUAGCUGCGCUUGUCCUCGCCAGCCAUGCUCUGCUGGCGGUUGCGGCAAUGGGGCCAGUGGCGUUGUGCUGCGGAGGCAGUGAUGUGCUGGCUGGGAGAAGGCGGCAUCUGAGAGAGCGUAUGUCGGGGACUGACGCUGCGGCGAGGGAGACUUACGUGCUGGAUAAACACUUGAGCACGGUGGAGCGGCUGGUGGCUCGGUUGCACGCGACGGUGGAAAGCGACAUGGUGCUGGUGCGGCUAGGGCUUGAGCGAGGUCGGGGACAGAUCCACCCCAUCCAGGAGGUGGUGCGCCAGCUUCGGAAGAACCAUUGCAGCUUCCGGCAUCAGCUUACGGACCUCGACGAGCACGUCUGCCUCUGUUUGGCCGCACUCAAUCGCGCCAGGAGCCUCCUUCUCCAGCAAAUACACCGUCUCAGAUCUACUGGCUAAGAGUUUUGGAAUAUUGGAAGGAGACGGCUUUUGUUGCAUUUAUAAAUCCCCAUUUCUUUCAACUCCUGCUUCGAGAAUCCUAUGUGUAACCCCCUUUCACUACACACUCAAAUUGUUAUGUAUUCUGGGGUUCUUUUAUACCGUAUCCAAUUCCCUGAGGUUUUUCUUUCUGAGGAGCCUUCAAUGUGAAUUUUUUACGGAGAUUCACUGGAUGGCGGAUCUACAGGAAGCUAGAGCAAUGGUUCUUAUAACCAGAGGAAUGAUUUACUCGAGACUAGGAAGUUGGAGCCAUGUUGGAUUCCGUUGACAGAGCAUCGGCAUGCUUUAGAUGGUAUUAAAGCUUGAAACUCAGAUAGGAGCAACUAUUCUAUUGUUUAGCUUUAUGCAGAUCAAAAGAGAGUUGUUUCACUUGAAUUAACAAAGAAAUUCAAUUAUUUUAGUUGGAGGUAAUCGAGAUGAAAAAAAAUUAUUAACUUAUCAUCCAUUUUUUAGUAAUUUUGUUGGAUUCA